GGAGAGGCCGUUCACCUGCUCUCAGUGCGGAAGGGUUUUGUAAAUUCUUCCAACCUGCAGACUCGCCGGCGGAUCCACACCGGGGUAAGGCCAUUCAUGUGCUUGGUCUGCGGGAAGGGGCUUAUUUAUUCCUCUGCACUGUUGAUCCACAAGCGGGUCCACACGGGGGAGUGUCCAUUCACCCGCUCUCAGUGCGGGAAGGGGUUCAUCGAUUCUUCCGGCCUGCAGACCCACCAGCGCGUCCACACCUUGGAGAGGCCGUUCACCUGUUCCGCGUGUGGGAAGGGAUUCACUGAUUCUUCCAGUCUACGGACCCACCGGCGGAUCCACACUGGGGAGAGGCCAUUCACCUACUCAAUGUGCGGGAAGGGAUUCACUCAUGUGAGCCAUCUGCAGACACACCAGCGGGUCCACACGGGAGAGAAGCCGUUCAUGUGCCCCAUGUGUGGGAGUAGGUUCGCUGAGUCAUCUAAACUCCUGAUCCACCAGCGGGUCCACACCGGGCAGAAGCCUUUCAUUAGCUCAAU